AUGAUUAAUUUCUUUAGUUCACCAUUAAAAAGAAAUGUGGUCACACGGAACAAAUAUGUUGAUGCUUGGAAUAGAAAAAAGGCAGGAUUUAGCUCUAAACAAAUUGGUAUGUUGAAUAUAAAAACGGUUAAGGAUAUGAAGAAAAUGAUAUGCUAUAUUGAAAAUAUAUAUUCCAAUGAUAAUAACGAAAAAAAGAAUAGUUUUGAAAAAUAUUUUGGAAAUAAUGAUGUAACUGGAUAUUUGUAUAAAGAUAGUAACUUUGAAAAAAUAUAUAAUGAAUGGAAUAAGUUUCAUUUGAAAAAUAAAUCAGAAAUAGAAAGGGAAGAAAAUGUAAUAAAUGAGAAUAAGGAUCCUAAUUAUGAUAACAACAACUGUAAACAUUUGAAUUCUGUCUUUCAAUUAUGUUCAAAUGAAAAUGGUGAAAUGAACAUUAUGAAAAAAAACAUAAUUGGGAUUUAUAUUCCUGAAAAUAAAAGUAUUAAUUCUAUAAAUGCAAAUUAUUUUUAUAUUUUUAAAAAUUUAAAAGAUUUAAUGGAUGGGAAAAUUAUUUAUGAAUUAUAUCUUAUUUUGCCAAAUUGUGUAUUCCUAUUGUCAUUUAUUAACAUUUUCAAGGAGUUGAUUUAUUACGAAAAGAUCAUGGAACUUAUUGAAAUGAAAAGGGGUAAAAUAGGGAAGAAGGAAAGUAUAAAAAAUAUAAUUAAAAGUAAUAUACUAAGACGAAUUUAUAAACAUAGAAAAAAUACUCUAAAAGGAGAAAUAAAAGAUUCCUUGGAAAAAAUAUUUUCUCAAAAAAAAUACAUUAAAAUAAUAUAUGAAGACUCAGUUGAGUUGUCUUCUUUUUUAUAUAAAUUUUUAAAAAUAAAUUUAUUUAAUAUUAUAGAUUUACAUUAUUUAUACCAUAAUAUAUUGUCUAUGUAUGAGCUUAAAAUUAUAAAAAACAAUAUUUAUCAAGUGAUUAGUAUAUUGUUUCCGGAUAUAUAUAAUAAAACAAUAUUUUAUGAAUACAAACAACUUCCUAGUAUGGAUGAAAAGUAUCGAAUUGGAAUAAAUAUGAGUGGGCAUAAUAAAAGUAAAAAAUUCCCAGAAAAACAAAAAGUAUAUUUAGAAUUAGGAAAAGCUGAUCCUUCAAAUGUUAAUAAGAAAGAUAAUCAACAUUUUCAAUGUAAGAACAAAAUUAUGUCUGUAUAUAAUUGUGUUGAUAAUAAUAACGAAUUACUAAAUUAUGAAAAGCAAUUAGUACACAUUUUAUACAUAUUCCCAUGCACACACAAAUUACUUUCUAAAUAUAAAGAUUUGGAAGGAUAUAACAUUUGUUAUAAAAUGAAUGAAUUAAUUGAAAAAUAUAUAUCACUGUCUACUUUCCGAAAUAAAAUUUUAUAUAUGAAAAAUGAAAAAUUAUUUGAUAACGAUAAUAUUAAAAAAUAUAGAAAAGAAGCUAGUAAUACCGAAUAUCAUCAAAAUAAUUAUGAGAAAUAUAAUGAUAAACUUAUUACUUCAUUGUGUAAUAAAUUAAAUAUAAAUGAAGAGAUAAUAUAUAACCAUCAUUUAACUAUAGGGGGGAAUGUGCAUGCGUAUAUAUAUGAGAAAAAUAAAUGUACAAAAAAUAUAACAUUCCGUUUUAAUUUAAACUCUAAAAAUAUUGUUUUUAAAAAUGUUUUAUCAAAGAAAUAUUGUUCUAUAUAUGAUAAAAAUAAUAGAAGAAUCAGUAUUUAUAAAUAUUUAUUAAAAAGUGUAAAUAAUAACAUUUUUUCAAAUACAUCACCCACACUUGUAAAUAGAAAUAAAGCAAUUUAUAAUUAUAAAAAUAAUAUAUUAGUGGGAUAUUUAAAUGAUAAGGAAAAUGAUUUUCAUUUUUUUGAUGACAAAAAUAUCGGCGAUGUUGUUUUGUGCAAUAUACGUGAUAUUUCUUCAUGUGGAAAAUAUUUAUAUUUAGAAAGAUUUGACAAAAAAAAUUUAAUUUUUCACUUUCGAAAAAAAAAAUAUGUUAAUUUGGAGAGAAAUUAUGAUUACGAUGAUAUUAAUAAGUUGGAUAAAGACAUGUUAAAAGAAAUUAUGUAG